AGCACCGCCUGGAGACCAGCAGGAGGCCAGAGGAGCCACUCAACAAGCCACUCAGCUCCUGGGCCUUGGAAGUGAUGCCCAUGGCGUCCCCCCAAACCCUGCUCCUCUGCCUGCUGGUCCUGGUGGUCACUGAAGGCCAGGGUCAACAGGCAGCCAUCCCAGGCUGCUACUUGCACUCCUUCAAUGUGACGGUGCGAAGUGACCGGCAAGGCACCUGCCAGGGCUCCCAUGUGGCACAGGCCUGUGUGGGCCACUGCGAGUCCAGCGCCUUCCCUUCCCGUUACUCGGUGCUGGUGGCCAGUGGCUAUCGACAUAACAUCACCUCCGUCUCUCAGUGCUGCACCAUCAGCAGCCUGAGGAAGGUGAGGGGGCCCAGCUCGGUGGUGCUUGUUGCGGGUAGGGGAGACAGAGGAGAUGGGGAUCUAAGAUGGCCUGAGGAAGGGGACUGGAACAGACACCCACCUCUCCCACAGGUGAAGGUGCAGCUGCAUUGUGGGGGGGACCGGAGGGAGGAGCUGGAGAUCUUCACGGCCAGGGCCUGCCAGUGUGACAUGUGUCGCCUCUCGCGCUACUAG